AUGACAAGCAAGGAAUCUGCCAUUCUGGAGCUUCAUCGCCAAGGUCAAUGCGCUGAUGACCUCAGUGCAACGGAGUCGGCUUCUUUCGAUCAAACACGCCAAUUCAACCCUUCUCAACAGCCAAUUCAUUCCAAUGAUCCCGAUGCAGAUGUGAAGAAGAAAAUCGUGCUUUUCAACCUCCUAGAACCAUUUGGCGAUGAUCAGAUGAAAGAGCAAGCCGAUCGGAAUGCUUUUCAUCAAGUUUUAUGUGCGAUCAACGCGGAAGGUCUGGCCGAAAAUAUUCGUGAGAUCAAACGAGAAGGACGAUUUGAACAAAAUGGACGACCUCGUCGUGUAAUUGUGACAUUUACCGAUGAAAAUGUGCAACGAAUCGUUGUCGAAUGUGCGCCGCAACUCUCAAAGACUCGUCAACUGAAACAUCUAGCGCUUUAUGCUUACAAAUCACCGGCACAACGGUUCGAACCACUUCCGAAACAACAAACGAAACGUCAAAACAACAAAACACAGCCGACGAGAGCGGAUGGGUAUCACGGUGGCACUUCUCGGAAGGUUCCCGAUCAAAAGUUCGAGCAAAGAGGCAAGAAAGAACCACGACCUCAACGUCCACCGCGAUCUGAUUCGCCUCGACUUUCAAAAAACAGCCAUGCUGGGAACUUGUACGAGAGUACGACAAAUCCUUCGAAUGGCAAGUAUGUCGCUCGAUCGGAACCUCCGCGCCCCAUUUUGCCGCAACGUUCCGAAACAAAUAUCCCUCUCCAUUCCCAGCCUCCAUCCAGCAUUCCGCUGGCUCCAAAACAAUCGAAUGGGAAUCCUUUACAGAGAGUUGAAAUCUCAAACUCUAAAAACCGUCAUAAACAACACGGAAAACCUUCGAACGUGCAAUCCAAUGAUGUGAACCCAAAAUAUCCACAACGAAUCUUCCACAACUCUUUCAGAUUUGGACACAAUGGCGCUAGGUCAGGCAAUGGUCAACAAAAUGGAAUGAACGGACAACACCUUGCAAAUCAGCAAGCACCAUUUCCACAGCAAAUGUUCAACAAUGCUUUUGGUUUUGCACCAAAUUUUGCCCCGCCAGAUGCUGCGACUCCUCAAUUUCCCCACACUUCACCGGUGCCGAUGGAAACUGAUGACAUUGAGCUUGAAGCACCGACUUUGCCACUCGCCAGAAAAUCCGAUACUGAUCAACGAAACGCUGUCGAUUCGCUCAACGGACGUCAAGAUGUGAAUUUGAUUCGUGAAGCCCAACUGAACGCCCACAAUAUCAAUGCCCGUCUACAAGAUCUAUCACCCGAACAACAAGAACUCUACUUGAAAACUUUUAGCAAGAAUUUGUGGAGAGAAGACAAACAAGAUGAUUUCUCGAAGAGGCCAUUGGAGAAAGCUGUGGAUGACUUCAUUCUUUUGGAUCUUUCGGUUGAGAUUCCGCCAAUUGAAAACAGCCAAUCAAGUGAUUGCAAUUCAUCAAAUGAUCCACAAAGCUUCCUGAAUCGAGAAACCACAAGCGGACCAAUUGCUGCUGAUAUUUACAAAGACAACAAUCCAAGAAAACUUUUUGGAACUUCUCAAUUGCCUCUUGAGCGAGAAUUCGAGGAACAAGAUGUCGUCUCAGCUGUAAAGCCCUUAUCUUCCUUUACCUCCUCAAACACUUCAUUCCACGGGUGCCAAACAAAUGUACAACAACUUGUCAAGCAAUUUGAAAAAGCUCCGAAUACUGAUUGGCCUCCAAGGUUGAGCUAUGACUUGAAAUCGACUCAAAUUAAAUCCCCGCCAGCUUUCGAAGCUCCAACUUACGAAGAUUCUCAAUGUUCUGAAAAUUCAAGAUAUCGACAAAUUUCUGACUCAAAUCAGAAAUCUUACUAUCCAACCAUUGAAACUGAGAGGGAAAAUGGAAAUGGAUCAGUUGCAGAGCUGAAAGAAUACUCACCGAUGACUCCAAUUGGUUUGGGCUUCUCUGCUCAGCGAGGUUCAUCGGAACUGGAUUGGCAGAAGGAAGAGCUGAUGCAAGCUGAGAACAAUGUUGAAGAAUUGCGGAGAUUGGCAACGAUUCGAGUGACUUCAAUGGAAAUCUUACCGCUAUCGAUGCCCCAAACCGUUUGUCGGAGUCAAAAAUGUGCAAAGUAUGAAAGGAUUGAUGGAAAAGAAACGUUGAUCUACAGGAAGCUGAUUGUUGCCGAAGACAAGAAAAUGAGAAGCGUAGCUGGGGUGGAUGCGGAUGAAUUCAAUCGAUUGCUCGAACUCAGUGUGACUUAUGGAGAUAUUUGCAAACAAUUUGUUCAUCAACGAGACCCGGCAAAGAUCUCACUUGAUGAGCUGCAAGAAAUUCGACAAAAGUUGUUCUCUUUGCCGCUGAAUGGCGCAAUGAUUGCACAGAUUUUCGAUAUUCAUGUGAAGACCGAUCAUCAGGAUUAUGAGGCAACUGUGACACGCUGCCAGAAAUCGAUGUUUCAG